AUGGCUGCUGUGGUAGUGCAGCGCUUCCGUGAGUGCCAGAACCUUCUCGACGCGGUCGUGGCCAACAUCGACGCCAUCAGAAACCUCACCUCGCAGCGCAUCGCCGUCGAGGAGGCCGUGCGACGGGUGGGUCCAUCCGCACCCUCCGACACCGCACUGCGCUGCUGCAGCAACCCGCUGGGCAUGCUGCACGCUUUUCCCGAAUCCACUGUGGAGCUCAUAAUCGCACAGCACACGGAGGACGUGAACGCGCUCCUGCGCUCCCUCAGCAAUGCACAGCAGGCGUGGCACAGCAAGCUGCAGCAGGCGAAGGAGGCGUUCCGGCCGCGUCUGCGGCAGGACUCCGUGGAAGCAGUAGCAGCAGUUUCCGGAUUCCCAAAAGACGCUUCGGGACUUGAUGGUGAAGCGAACGAGUGUCAUGCACCGCAGGUGAUGGUAGGGGCGCACGCCCUGCUUGCGGUGCUUGCGCAGUUUCAUGGGUGGCUACAAGAAGUUAUUCUUGCUCUCCGAGUGGAUUUAAUGAGUCCGACGCGAGCCGUGCAGUUGUCGCUGUGCCUCCAUGGUUAUAACUUGCGCGCGCGUGGUGCAGAUGGUGGUAUUCCUGCUGCCUCGCUGGAGGACGUACUCGGGCAGCUAACGGGCCGGGUGCAGCACGAGUGGGAGGCGUGCAAGGCGCAGCACUUGGUGGACGAGGCCUGGGUUAUGCUCCUGAGCUGA